GAAAUCGAAUAUUUUUAAAAGUAGACGAGAAAAUAACGAAAAACCAUAAUAAAUCAGAUUCUCUGUCUGGCCUUUGCAAUUUCCUCUAUAAUCUCCGUCUUUACUUAGCUCACCGAAAUCUUUGAAUCUUCUCUCGAUUGCGAGUUGUGAUUUUCGCCUGUCAAGCGGGUGCGUAGGGGUUUUUAUACUAAUUUAACAGCUUCGUCCUUUUCUAUAAUAUUUUGAAUUUUAUCUAAAUUUUGAAGUCUUUCAGUGAGCAAAAGUUGAUAGUUGAUGGAGGACUGGGAGGACGAGACAAUUCCAGAUCUUCUCAAAAAGGAGCAACUAAAGAGUAACUGGGAUGAUGAAGAUGUGGAUGAUAAUGAUGUGAAAGAAUCUUGGGAAGAUGAAGAUGAACCUGCACCAGGCCCCAAAGCAGAACCUCUUCCUGAUGUCUCAGAAAAGCCUACAGCAAAAUCAGAUGACAAGAAAGGGAAAGCUGUUGCUGUUGAAGCUGCAACAGAUGCACCCUUAGAUCCUGUACAAGAAAAACUUCGCCAGCAGAGGCUUGUCGAAGAAGCUGAUUACAGGUCCACUACAGAGUUGUUUGCUAAGGCGGAUGAUGAGAAAACUCUUGAUAAUUUUAUUCCCAAAUCCGAAAGCGACUUUUUAGAAUAUGCUGAACUUAUUGCCCAUAAGCUCUGUCCAUAUGAGGUUUAUCAGAUUUGCUUUGCCUGUAUUUAUAUUUUUAUUUGGUGAUUUGUAGUCUUGACUAU